AUGUCCUUUAACUCUUACGGUGUGAUAUUGCUUCCCGUAAAGAUUCUAUGGAACUCGACUGAUGCCGUGAGAGGUUGCCUUUAUGAAGUAAUCAAUCGAGGCUACGACAAAGCACGAUACAAAUAUCAAAUUAUCCUCACGCCUAGAAUAUCUUCGCUAGAGAUGUUUUUUAGUGAUUUAGGGUUCCAGGUUGACAGCGACAGGUGCUUUCUGUAUCUGUUGUCCAGAAAGGAGGAACUGCCUUNNNAACUAGUCGCAGAUUUUUAUGACACCUUCGAGAAGAUAUGUUUGCCUGCAGUCGACGGCAUCACAUUCUAUCAGCCUUGCGUGGAACAUUUAAGUUCUGCAUUUGAUGCAAGCCGCAUUUUAGCCAUUAUAGGUUACAAGCCAGCUUCGGAGACUACGUUCGAGAUAACUGGCUUUACUUCACUUGCUAAAAACUGCGGGGCCCUUCUGGCUAAUAAUAGUCUAUUGCACUUGAAAGAGCAUUUUAGUCCUGAAAAACUAGUUGCACAUGUAGUGGUAGACCACGAGCUAGUAGGUUACUACGAGAAUGUUUUAGGGUUCAGAGAAAUUGGCAGAUUCUUGUUUGAUGUUGACGGUCGUAGAUCAUUCGAACAGGGCAUCAAGGUCUCGAGAAACUUUCACAUAGCGAAGCUUGAGAAAGUGCUACAUUACAAUAUAUAG